AUUCAGCCCAAAAACGCCACCGUUGGGGCAAACGAAUCUCGAAACGUUUCGGACUUGCUGUCUUGUAAAACAAGUCCAGAGAGCUCAAUGCCUCAACCCACCUGACUACCUACAAAAGCAAAGCAGCUCUGUCUCUCAAGAGCAAGAAAUUGUUAAGCAAUUUAGAUCCAAUUAAAGAUGUUUCUUACAAGGACUGAGUAUGAUAGAGGAGUCAACACUUUCUCUCCAGAAGGAAGAUUGUUUCAGGUUGAAUAUGCUAUUGAAGCCAUCAAGCUUGGUUCAACUGCAAUUGGUUUAAAGACGAAAGAAGGUGUUGUGCUUGCAGUUGAGAAGCGUAUCACUUCACCUCUGCUGGAGCCUAGUAGCGUGGAGAAAGUCAUGGAAAUUGAUGAAUGUAUCGGAUGUGCUAUGAGUGGACUAAUUGCAGAUGCUCGUACACUUGUUGAGCAUGCCCGGGUUGAAACUCAGAACCACAGAUUCUCGUACGGUGAGCCUAUGACAGUGGAGUCUACAACACAAGCACUCUGUGAUUUGGCCCUGCGAUUUGGUGAAGGUGAUGAAGAAUCCAUGUCUCGUCCAUUUGGGGUGUCUCUUCUCAUUGCUGGUCAUGACGAGAAAGGACCGAGCUUGUAUUACACAGAUCCAUCUGGCACAUUUUGGCAGUGCAAUGCAAAGGCUAUUGGUUCAGGGUCAGAAGGUGCAGACAGUACUCUACAGGAGCAAUAUAACAAGGACCUCACUCUUAAAGAAGCUGAGACAAUCGCUCUUUCUAUUCUAAAGCAAGUCAUGGAAGAAAAGGUGACUCCCAACAAUGUCGACAUUGCCAAGGUGGCACCUGUAUACCAUUUAUACACCCCUGCUGAGGUGGAGGAAGUCAUUAGUCGCCUUUGAAAACAAUGUUAAUUUCCUUGUGAUAUCCCUGUUGCCUAAAUUUUGCUUGAACAGUUCAAUUUUUCUCUAAACUGGGCUAUAUUAUGGGAUUUGGAUCACGUGGUGACUCCACUUGAGUGAUAAAUGUUUUAUUUUGACCGGUAACUGGUGUGAGUCGAUGUUUUUCUUCAAUUUUAAGGUCAAUCUUGUGUGAAUCAA